AUGAACAGAGGCUUCUCCUCUCUCCUUUUAAACGAUUGCAGCAAACAGCUGCGAACUUCUCUCCUUCCCCACAGCUUCCCAGAGAGACACCCCAUCUACUACCCAGCAGCAGCAGCAGCAGCAGCAGCAGCGGCAGCAGCAGCAGCAGCAAACAGAACCGCAGCGACACCAGAAGCAUCAUCAAGAGCAACAUCCAAAGCGUUUGCAACAGCAGCAAAAGCAGCAGCAGCAAAAGCAAGCGCUGCCCCUCUCUUCACCUCACCUCUUCGGCAUUCCUUCCUGUUGCAGCAGCAGCAGCAGCAGCAGCAACAGCAACAGCAGGGACAACAGCAACUGCAGGAACAGCAGCGGCAACCUGAGCAGCAGCAGGAACCGCAGCAGCAGCACCACCAGCAGCAAGACCAGCGGCCGCACCUACAGCAGCAGCAGCAACAGCAGCAACAGCAACAGCAACAGCAGCAGCAGCAGCAGCAGGACUUGAAGAUGAGUGAACCAUUGGUUGUGGGGGGAAAGCCCCUUAGUAGCGACGAAAUUUGUGCGUUUGUCUUCGGCUCUGGCGGCUUUUCGAUUGGAGGAGCGGCAGCAGGAGGCAGCAAAAGCAGCAGCAGCAGCAACAGCAGCAGCAGCAGCAGCAGCAGCAGCAGCAGCACUCUGACUAACGGGUGUGCUAAGGCCAAACACAGCAGCAGCAGCAACAGCAGCAAGGCGUCGCUGCGCGUUGCUGAUAUCCGUCAAUGCUUACCUUCGCAUGCAUCUCUCUCUCAGCAGCAGAUUUGCUGCUUGCAGCAGCCAGCUGCUGCAUUAUCUGCUGCAGCAGCACGUGCUGUUUGUUUGCUGCGAGGUUUCUCUCUUCAAAAGAGCGGAGUACGGCUGGAGCUGCUACAAGGCUUAGGUGCUGCUGCAGCAGCAGCAGCAGGAGGAGCAGCAGCAGAAGCAGCAGCAGCAGCAGCAGCAGCAGCAGCAGCAGGGGAGAAUGAAUUGCUGCUGCCCCGCUGCGGCCCUGGAGGCUGGGGGCAGCGUGUACGCCCGUGUCUGUCUUCUUUGUUGUGUGCAGCAGCAGCAGCAGCAAACGUAGAAGCUGUCUCCUUCGAGGAGAUGUCUCUGUUUUUAACUCAAGGUGCUGAGGCAGCAGGGCGUUCAUUAGUUGCUGCUCGUGCAUGCGCUGCAGCAGCAACCCUUGCGACUUGCUGCGCUGCAGCAGCAGCAGAAGUGCUGCUGCUACCACUGGACAGUAUUAACAACAGCUUGAAGGAAUUAGCAGCAGCAUACAGCAGCAGCCUUGUACCGCAGCAGCUAGGAAAUCUGCUGCAUGAUUGUAAGCUGCAGCAGCAGCGACGGAGUCUACAGGAAUGCAGCUCUGCUGUUGCUGCUUUUAUCGAGACAGCAGCAGCAGCAGCAAGCCUUCAGGGCCCCGUUCAAAUGCUGCAGUCAGUUGCUGCUAAUGCAUGCAGAAAGGAGGUUCUUGGACCCAAGUCUCUUGCUGCUGUUGCUCCGGAAGCUGCUGCUGCUGCUGCUGCUGCGCUGCAGCAAGCAGCAGCAGCGGAGCAAGGGAGCCCCGCAGCAGCUGCUGCAGCAGAAGCGGUCCUUCAAGCAGCAGCAGCAGCAGCAGAAGCAAUCGAAUUGCCUAUGGGGGGCGCUACUUCUCCGUUUGCUGCUGCAGCAGCAGCUACAGAGUUUGCUGCUCGUGCGUUGCUGCAGGCAGAGCUAAAGCUGCUGCAGGAGACCGUCCACAUGGCUCAGCAGCAGCAGCAGCAGCAACAGCAGCAACAGCAGCAGGAAGACUUUGUGCUGCCUGAAUCUUUGUCCAGCGAGGCGGAGUACUUGGGUACGCGAGAAGAGAUGAGGUUAACUGCAGCAGGAGUAGCAGCAGCAGCAGCAACAGUGCAGCAGCUGCAGCAAGCUGCAGCGGAGGUUGAGCUGCGCGGUCUUCACAUAAGCAAAGACAGCAACAGCAGCAGCAGCAGCAACGGAGCGGUGUUUGCGUCUCUAUCUGCUGUAGAAGACAUUUGCUGCUUGUUGCAGCAGGCUUUGGGGCUGCAUGCAGGUUUGCUGCUGCAGUGUGUUGAGGCUAGAGAUGUAGAUACACUGUACGAAGCAGCAGCAAAAGUACUGAAAGGAAAGAAGCAGCCAGCAUUGCGUCUCGCUGUAACAAAGGGAGUGAGGGACUUUGUGGUGCUGCUGCGGUCAGUAGCUGCUGAACUGUCUCCUUCUCUGUCUCCAAAUGCUGCUGUUGCUGCAGCAGCAACAACCUUCUCGACAGUGCCCCUAGUUUCAUGCGUGCAACCUAUCAGCAGCAGCAGCAGCAGCAACGGCGGCAGCAGCAGCAACGGCAUCAUCAGCAGCAGCAGCAGCAGCAGCAAGAAGGACAUGAGGAAGAGCAGCAGCAGGAGCUGGCUGCAGCUGGAGACAACAUUAGCAGAUAUAUGUGCAGGGGCUAAUGUACUAAGAAGGCUCCCAAAGAUUGCGAAGGGGACAGUUGAUCGAUUUGGCUGCUGUUUAAUAUCUCGCGAGUUGCUGCUGCAGCAGAUAAUUUGCUGCUUCUUGCAGCACGGGGCUUUACCUUUAGAUACACCUGUAUUUGAGUUAAAAGAAACAUUGCUAGGAAAGUAUGGAAGUGAAGCAGCUAAACUUGUCUACGAGUUAAGCAAUCAAGGGGGCGAACAGCUAUGUCUUAGAUACGACUUAACAGUACCUUUAGCAAGAUAUAUAGCUAUGAAUGGGAUCUCAAAGCUCCGCAGGUUUCACAUCGGAAAAGUAUAUAGAAGAGAUGAGCCUCAAUUAAAUAAAGGUAGAUUUAGAGAGUUCAUGCAGUGUGAUUUUGAUAUAGCUGGGGAGUCAUCACCAGUAAUGCUGGCUGAUGCAGAGUGUGUUGCGCUGCUGCUGCAGCUGCUGCAGCAAAUGCAGCAGCUUAUAGGCCCUUUCUUAUUAAAAAUCAAUACAAGAAAAUUGCUAGAUGGAGUGCUAGCUGCAUGCGGUGUUGCUGCAGCAGACUUUGCGUCUGUAUGCUCUUCUAUAGAUAAGUUAGACAAAGAACCCUGGUCUGCUGUUGCUGCUGAGCUGCAGCAGCAAAAAGGUUUAUCUGCUGCUGUUGUAGAGAAGCUAGAAAGAUAUGUAUGUAAGAAGGGGACUGUAUCAGAGAUGCUGGUGGAGCUGCAGCAAGAUAAAGAACUGAUGUCGGAGCCUGCAGCAGCAGCAGCAGCAGCAGAUUUCUCUCAACUUCAGGUGUAUCUGCAUGCACUUGAUAUUGAGAAACUUAUUCAGUGGGAAUGGAGUCUUGCAAGAGGUUUAGAUUAUUAUACAGGUAUUAUCUUUGAGGCUGUGCUGCUGCUGCCAGAUGGUAGCUGCAGCAGCAGCAUUGCAGGGGGCGGCAGAUAUGAUAAUCUUGUCGGUAUAUUCUCAAGCAAGACUGUUCCAGCAGUAGGAUUUUCUCUAGGAGUUGAAAGGCUAUUUGCAUUAGUAGAGCAGAAGAUCUCUGCUCUCCAGACACAAGCUGAUGCUGCUGAUGCUGCUGCUGCUGCUGCACUCACUGCCUCUACCAACAGCAGCAGCAGCAGCAGCAGCAGCAGCAGCAGCAGCAGUGGAGGAGGAGAGGGGUUGAGGCUGGAGACUAGGAAGGACUUCACCGAUAUUCUCGUCUGCAAUAUUGGAAAGGGAAUGCUGCCGUAA